AUGCAAAAUGAAGCACCAUAUGAUGUUGGAGGAACUGGAGCAUUUAGCAAUGGAGUAACUGGACCAAUUAACACAGGGAAAUCUUCAAUCGAUGAAGUGAGAGAGAAAUAUGACCCACCUAGGAAUGCAUGGGUACUUUGUGAUAAGUGCCAAAAAUGGCGGCGGAUACAAGCGGCUCUUGCUGAUCAAAUUGAAGAAACUAACUGUGGAUGGACUUGCCAAGAUAACACUGAUAAAGCCUAUGCUGACUGCUCAAUUCCUCAAGAGAAGUCAAAUUCAGACAUUAAUGAAGAACUGGAAAUAUCUGAUCGCUCUUGUGACGAAGAUGCUUCUGGAACUUUUCGGAAGCUUAAUCAAGACAGACCAAAGGUUGCUCUGCAGUCAUCGUGGACACUUAUUAAGUCAAACACGUUUUUGCAUCGAAGCCGCAAAACUCAAACCAUUGAUGAGGUAAUGGUUUGCCACUGUAAAACUCCAUCAGAUGGAAGAAUGGGUUGUGGAGAUAAAUGUUUGAACCGGAUGCUUAAUAUUGAGUGUGUCCAGGGAACUUGUCCAUGUGGUGAACUUUGUUCAAAUCAACAGUUUCAAAGGCGCAAAUAUUCUAAACUGAAGUGGUUCAGGUGCGGAAAGAAAGGCUAUGGUCUUCAGGCACUUGAAGACAUGCCCCAGGGGCAGUUCCUGAUAGAAUAUGUUGGAGAGGUACUUGAUGUGCAUGCGUAUGAAGCAAGACAAAGAGAGUAUGGCAUGAGCGGUCAUAAACAUUUCUAUUUUAUGACAUUGAAUGGGAGUGAGGUGAUCGAUGCAUCUGCUAAAGGGAAUCUGGGCCGGUUUAUAAAUCACAGCUGUGACCCUAACUGUCGCACUGAAAAGUGGAUGGUGAAUGGGGAGGUUUGCAUUGGAUUGUUUACUCUGAGAGAUAUAAAGAAGGGGGAAGAGGUUACAUUCGAUUACAACUUUGUACGUGUUUUUGGGGCUGCUGCCAAAAAAUGUGAAUGUGGCUCAGCUAAUUGUCGGGGCUAUAUUGGUGGUGAUCUAACGAACUCAGAAGUAAUUGCUCAGGAUGAUUCAGAUGAUGAAUACGCAGAACCAGUAAUGACUUGUGAAGGAGAUAUGAGUGAAGAUUGGAAUGAAAUAGUAUUAAACAACUCGAAAGAUGAAAUUGCUAAUGAACCACCUGAAAACAUCUAUAGUAUGGAGAAAUGUAUCGGUACUGUUGGUGAGAGCUUAAUAACAUCACACACUUCUGAAACUUCACCUCAAAUAGAUGAAGGUGUUGACCCUGCACAGGCAGAAAUCAGGGUUCACGAUGGGAUUGGUGUGUACGAUUCUAUUGGUAACAAUUUUGCUGCUAAUGUUGUGGAGAAGUUGAAUAACAAUAAAACUAUGGGCGAGUUCUUGAAACGAUAUACACCGGUAGGUUGUAAGGUUGAAUGUGAAGGCAUAGCAUCCCAGAUGCGAGAGUCUUCCCAAAUCAAGGAUAUUAACUCAGAAUUGGAUGGUAUUGUGAACAAGUCCAUGUCUUCUACUCACAAAACAGCGAUUAGUGUACCUCAUAGCAAAUCAUUGUCCGAUAAAGUUGAGGGAAAUAGGAAUUUAAAGUAUCCUACUGUGGAAGGCAGGGAUGAACUAGCAAAGUCCAAGUGUCUCACCAAGACUAAACGCUUGUUCACAUUAAUUAAGAAAGGGAAACCUAAAUUGAAUGCUUUGAAGGACAAACUAUCUCCGGAUGUGAAUAGGUUAAGUGCAGAACUGCAGAAAUCCAAAAAAUUGUCAAAAGUUUCUUUAAGCCAUCAUCUUGAAGCAGUAGAAGGAAAACUGAACGAACUACUUGACCCUGAAGGAGGAAUAAGCAAGCGAAAAGAUUCAUCAAGAGGUUACUUGAAACUUCUUUUUCUAACUGCUGCAACUGGGAACAAUGGCCAUGGUGAAGCUAUUCAGAGCAACAGAGAUCUUUCAAUGAUUUUGGAUGCACUCUUGAAGACAAAAUCUCGGACAGUUCUGGUUGAUAUUAUAGAUAAAAAUGGUUUGCAUAUGUUGCACAACAUUUUGAAGCGGUACAGGAAAGAGUUCAUCAAAACUCCAAUCUUGCGCAAGCUUCUUAAGGUACUGGAGUAUCUAGCAACACGAGAGAUUCUAACAUUGGAGCACAUAACUGGAGGUCCUGCUUGUCCAGGAGUCGAGAGUGUCCAACCCAUACUGCUAAUUGAUUCUCAUUCUCAGCCCCAUUUAAAGGUCCAUCAAAUUGCCCAGAACUUCAGGGAUAAGUGGAUUCCUAGAUCCUUAAGGAAAACUUGCUGCAUGGAAAGAGAGGAUGGAGCAUUUGAAUAUCAGCAGCCUACAAGCCAUGGAGGGUUAUCAGUGCCAUAUGAUCCUUGGAGAGGGGGGAAACCAACAGAAGCAUCAAACUCUAUUGAAACAGAGCCAGUUGCUGCUUAUGGCACGACAGAGACUUCUACAGUAGAGCAUUCGGAUGCAGGUAGUAGCUGCAGAAGCAGUGAGCCAAAAACACACAAGCGCAAGAGCCGAUGGGAUAACCCUGCGGAGCACCCACAAUCAAGAUGUAGGAAUAACUUGGUAGGUGAGAACAAGGAUAAUGACAAUGAGGAUAUCCCUCCUGGAUUUGGAACUCCUUGUAACGGCUCUGUGAUUCCAUCCGAUGCUUCUUCAACUGCUCCUGAUCACCAAGAGAGAGGGAUGCAAAUGAAGCAGCACUUCAUUAAUAUUGUAUUGGGCGAACCACAGUUGAGGUUCAGUGCGCGUAAGCCUAUCGCCUAUGGAGUUCCCUAUUCUAUCAUGCAGCAAUUUGAAGUCCUGCAAGCAGAAAUAUCUGAUGGUUGGACUAUGGCUCCAGGUGUGCCAUUCCAUCCAUUUCCACCUCUGCCUCCUUGUGCCCCCGCUGCGCUUGACCAAUCAACAUCUGCUAGAUGUGCAUCGUUGAGUGCACCUAUACAAAUGGCUGGACAAUCUAGUGAUACUUGUUUGAUAAAUCAAACUUUCCAGCAGAACACAAAGACAUGCAGCAUGGACUCAUCACAUGUCUCAGUUGCAAUUGGCCGCCCAGAUCUCCAGCAAGGAGGUUCUUGUAGCUUGGGAAGGAAAUUCUUCAGGCAGCAAAAGUUUACACAUUUGAAAGUCCCACCAUGGGGUUCGAAUGAGAAAUGGCUGGGGUUCUGCUGGGAACAGUGCCAGAAUCGGUUUUCCAGGAGUAGGUUUAGCGAACUCAAGUGAGGAUUAUAGGAAAGAAUUAUUUAUGUGAAAUUCAUUGGUAUUGGUUUGUGAAGACCAGCCUUAAUUAUAAGAGCUGUUGAAAAACUUUCUGAUUCUCCUCUAUGAUGUACCUACAAUUCUCUACUCACAUUCCUACAUAAUUGCAUUAUUCUUUUGUUGCUUCA